CUGUUGGCAGAAAUGGUUGACCAUUUCCUAUCAUCCAAGACAUCUGUUGCCUAUGUGACACUUUAGACACAUCAAUUAAAUAGCUUCGGCAUGAGUUCCAAAACCUUAUCGAAAUGGAGUUCCAGCAAUAUGGGACUAGCCUGCACCCAUGCGAUCAGUGGCAUUGGUUUCGCAGUGGCCCUAGCCUGUGGAAGGAACACUGAAGUGGGAUCGAUGACGGACCUCUGCUUUAAGGAGCGAUCUCGCAGUCGUUCGCAGAAGCAUCAGAAGCAAAUUUCUUACUAUAUGCUCUUGGUGGCCAUAGUUUGUUUCAUUCUGCUAUUCCUUACCACCGGAUUCGAGCACGGCCAUAUUGUGUAUGAAGUCAAUCUCUCACUGCUGAUUGGUCUGACACCCGUCUACCUGCCCUUUAUCCUCUACUGGGGCUUGAGGCGGACGAGAAAGGAAAUGGGGAGAAAACAGUGCCAUGUAAGGAACCUGCGGGCUACUUGCACACUGGGUCUCUCAACUGUAAUUGUGUCCGAUUUGGUUGGGACGAUGACCAAGCGACGCAUGCGAGUAUCGGAGAUCUUCGUGGACAUGGGACUGCUUAGUGUCGAUAAUCUGGACGUUAGUGCUCAAAGUCCUCGAUUUAUCGAGCUGAUCCGGGCCUCAGUUCUCUGCAACGAUGCGGUCAUAUGUCCUGGUAACAUUGGAGUGCCCAAAAUGCAGAAGGACAUGUACGGCAAUAUUCUGGACAUAGCGCUGCUCAAGUUCGGUCUGAUGAUUUUGCCGAGCAUUGAUCUACUCCGUCACGACCACGAGAAGGUGGCCAACAAGCAUUACAAUAGUGAGGACAAGGUCCAGGUGACGGUGCACAGGACUCGCGAUGCCGAUGGGCACCUAAAACUUGUCCUGCUGAUGAAGGGCCACUGCGAAGUGGUGAUCCGCCGGUGCUCCACCUUUGCUAUUCGGGACGAGGAACUGCCUCUGGACGAACAGCUGCAGGAAAUUAUUCUCAGUCUGGCGGAUGGGCUACUCGAGGCAGGCCGCCAUGUCCGUGCCUUUGCCUACAAGGAGUUGAGCGACGAACUGGAGUUUCGCCGCUUCUCACAGGUAAACACUGGAUUGGAGGGCGGGGAAUAUAAGUACCGCGAUUACCUAGCGGUGGAUACCUACUCGUUGAGGUUCCUGGGCAUGAUUGCUACCUACAAUCCGCCGCGAAGCACCAUUCCCAAAGCGGUGGAUCGCUGCAGAGCGGCGGGCAUCAAGUUGAUCGUGGUCACUCAACGCAAGCCCAAAAUGGCCAAGGCUCUGGCUGUUGAUGUGGGCAUUCUACCAGCUCCGUCGGACACUUUUCAGGCUGUGAACCUGAAGCGGAUGCCACCCACCGCGGAAGUAGUAGACAUGUCACAGUAUGCUGACGAGAAGCCGCAACACCAGCGUCGCCACAUCGAGCAGCUCAUUCUGAACCAGCAGGAUUUGGUAUGUGCCGCUACUAGCACGGAUCAGCUCCACUGGAUUGCGGACGCCUGUCGCCGGUUGGGAGCCGUUGUCUCCGUUAUUGGAGGAACACUCCAUGACACGCCCGCCAUGAGGAGCAGCCACGUGGGCGUGGCCAAGUACGGAAGUGCGGUCAUGUGCGAGGCCAGUGCAGACCUCAUCCUGCUGGACACCUCAUUUGCCACAUUGGUCAGUGUGGUCGGCGAUAGCCGUCUGCUGUUUGAGAAUCUAAAGAAGGCUCUGGCCUAUUGCCUGGCCACCAACAUAUGCAAUAUACUGGUGUACUUAUUCUUCUUCCUGCUCGGGAUUCCCCUGUACAUCCAUAUCAUGGAUGAGCUCAUACUCGCCUUCCUGGUGAACUUGGUCCCAGCUCUGACUUUGAUUUAUGAGCCUCCAGAGGAGAAUCUGAUGCUGCAGAUGCCCAAAGUGUACGACGACUUUCUGCUUAAUAGUCGACUUUUCUUUGUGUCCCACAUCCUUGUGGGAACCAUCGAAGCUGCAGCUGUUUUUAUGACCUACUUCGUGUUCAUGGCUGACAAGGGAUUCCUGCCGAGGACACUGGUGGCUCUGAACAUCGCGUGGCACGACGACAUGCUCGACGACAUCACCGACUCUUUCGGUCAGGAGUGGAGCAGUGAGGCACGCCGGCAGCUGGAGUGCCAAGUGUCCUCCCUCUGCCUGAUGAGCCUCGCCGUGAUGCAAUGCACCAACCUGGUGCUGACCAAGACCGGACGUGCCAAUCUGCUGGCCCACGGAUUCCGCAACUGGCUCCUCAGUCUGGCGGUCCUCCUUCUGAUCUGUCUGUGCGUGCAGCUGUGCAUAAUGGACUCCACGGUGUGUCUGCGCCUGGAAGGAACCAAUGAGCUACACUUUGGCCACUUCCUCUUGACCAACUGUCCGUUCAUGAUACUGCUGGUCUUCAUCGAAACAACUCGCAGAUACUUUAUUCGCCUAUUUCCCGAUAGUUGGCUCGAGCUGGCCACUAUGUAUUGAGCACUGAAUAGUAACAAAUACAGCGACUACUCCGUGCACCGUAAAGAGAAGCACAUAAAACUCAGCCAGGGAAGGAAUCAUCUGGAGAAAACUGAAUCCCCGGGACUAUACGUUUUAAGGGACAUAGAUUGCCGAGAGUGCAUUUCCGUAUUAUUUUUUAUGAAAGCAGUGAGCAUAAACUUCAGGAGAACUGCACUUUCGCAGGCCACUUUUUAUUUAAAGAAAAAGAAGUAAAACUCUUUAAAUGGUAUUU